ACCGUAUCCCUGCUCACUAUUCGCCUCACUCCCUGACAACGGCAGCGAUGGCGGAUCCUGGAGUCGCUGCUGCAGUAGCAUCCACCCCGAGCGGGGAACUCGUCAGUUUGCCGGGGGGCUCGCAGCGCCUUCUCUUUUCCCAUGAUUUGGUGUCGGGCCGGUACCGGGGCUCAGUUCGUUUCGGACUGGUGAGGCUGAUCCACGGGGAGGAAGACUCAGAUUCGGAUUCCGAUGCCGGCGGUGGAGCCCCAGGAAGCGGCGCCGGCGGUGGGGCAGGAGCCGGCAGCUCAGACACGGAGAGUGUGCCAAAGGACAGUCGGGCCCGGCCACUCGGCAGGGGGUACGUCCGAGUGCAGUGGUACCCCGAAGGCUGCAAACAGGACAUUCGGGAAACCAAGCUAAAACUUGAGGACCGCUCUGUCGUCCCCAGAGACAUGGUGAGACGGAUGUACCCUUGUGAUGGCCAGUGUGGCACAGUCAUCGACAUUAACAUUGAAUGUGCAGUUAAGAUUGUUGGAACAAACUGCGUCUUGUACCCUGUGAACAGCCGUGACCUGCAGCACAUCUGGCCCUUUAUGUAUGGGGACUAUAUAGCAUAUGACUGCUGGCUUGGGAAAGUAUAUGACCUGAAGAACCAUGUCAUCCUGAAAUUGUCUAAUGGAGCCAGGUGCUCAAUGAAUACAGAGGAUGGUGCCAAACUCUAUGAUAUGUGCCCUCAUGUCAGUGACUCGGGUCUGUUUUUUGAUGAUUCCUACGGUUUCUAUCCUGGUCAAGUGCUGAUUGGACCAUCUAAGGUGUUUUCCAAUGUGCAGUGGCUGUCGGGAGUCAAGCCAGUUCUUAGUAAAAAAAGCAAAUUUCGAGUAGUUGUAGAGGAGGUCCAGGUUGUAGAACUAAAGGUCACAUGGAUCACCAAGAGCUUUUGCCCUGGAGGUACUGAGAGUGUCUUUCCGCCCCCAUCCAUCAUCACCCAAGAUAACUUAUCCAGAGUGAAACGUUUGGGCUAUUAUGAUCAUGCUCAACGUCAACUGGGUGAGCGGUGCCUCUAUGUUUUCCCAGCCAAAGGAGAUACAACUCAGAUAACCUGUGAGGGUCCAGAGGGAGCAACCAUCCUGCCAGAGGGAUCAGUGGCCAAAAAAGUUCGUCGGCUUUUGAAGAAAGAGAUUGUGCGGAAGAUGGGCAGUGUGACAGAUGGUCAGACGACAAAUGAACAGCCCACAGCAGAUUGUGCUGCUGCUGCAGAAAGCCAAUCAGCAGGUGGGCAGCCAGAUGCAGACAAGCACUCAGAGGACUCUGUCAAUGGGGUGACCCAAAGCUCCCCAUCAUAUGCCAGUGAGGAUGGACCAGUCGUGCAUCUGUCAGAAGCAGUAGAUUCUGGUGAUGGUGCUGCUGACCUGUGGGUUGAGUCUGCUGAACAGGAUGCUGACGAUGAAGCAGCUGAGGACACUGAUGACACCAGUUCUGUGACGUCCUCGGCAAGCUCUACUGCAUCCUCUCAAAGUGGCAGUGGUGGGCUGAACCGCAGAAAGAGUGUGCCUCUGUCGAUUCGUAAUUUGAAAAGAAAGCACAAGAAAAAGAAGACCAAGAUAUCACGGGAGUUCAAGCCAGGUGACAGGGUAGCAGUUGAAGUGGUGUCCACCAAGACUUCUGCUGAUGUGAUGUGGCAGGAUGGCACUGUGGAGACAAACAUUCGCUCCAAUGAACUUCUGCCUAUCCACCACUUGGACAACAAUGAAUUCUGCCCUGGAGACUUUGUAGUGGACAAGCGGCCUCAGGCGCUGCAGGAUCCCAAUGUCUAUGGGGUGGUUCAGUCAGGGGACCAUCGAGGCCGCACCUGUGCAGUUAAGUGGGUUAAGCUGCAGCCAACUGGGGUUGAUGUGGAGGUCAUUAGGGAAGAAGAGGAUGUCAGUGUCUAUGACAUUGCAGACCACCCAGACUUUCAUUUUCGCACCAAUGACAUAGUGAUCAGAAUUGGAAGCACAGGGGAAGCUCGGGCAGCUGAGGAAGAUAGUGAGCCAUCAGUAGGCCAGGUGUCCCGUGUGGAUGUAAGCAGCAAAGUCGAGGUUGUUUGGGCAGACAACUCAAGGACCAUCGUUCUGCCUCAGCACCUGUACAACGUGGAGUCGGAGAUUGAGGAAUCCGACUACGACUCAGUGGAAGGCAGCAGCAGUGCAGCUUCUUCUGAAGAGUGGGAAGACGAGAGUGAUAGCUGGGAAACGGACAAUGGGCAAGUGGAAGAGGAACAUGCUGGCGAGACGGCUCCUGCUUCCACGCCUGCUGCCCCUGCUGAUGAAGGGAAAUCUCUACCAUCUGUAGAUGAGCCCCAGGGUGCAGAGGCCACAGCAGGGGCUAGUGGUGCAGAAAAGCAACCAAAGGAUGGAACGCCAAGGAGCUUCAGGGAGCUGAAAGAGGCCAUCAAGAUUCUGGAGAGCCUGAAGAACAUGACUGUGGAGCAGUUGCUCACUGGGUCACCAACAUCCCCUACCGUGGAGUCUGAGAAACAGACCAAAGAGAAGAAGUUUUUAGAUGAUAUCAAAAAGCUGCAAGAGAACCUGAAGAAGACGCUGGACAAUGUGGCAAUUGUGGAGGAGGAGAAAAUGGAAGCUGUGGCUGAGGUAGAGAAGGAGGAGAAGAACCCAGAGCCACAUACUCCUGUCAAGUCGGAGUGGCCCAGUGACACGCCUGUCUUAUGCCAGCAGAGUGGUGGUAAACCUGGAGUAAUAUUCACCAGUGCCAAAGGAGAGGUGUUCUCUGUGCUGGAGUGGGCCUUGGACAGUCAUUCCUUUAAGAAAAUGGAGUUUCAGCCAGCAGAACCUAAAAAGUUUUUCAGCACAGUGAGGAAGGAAAUGGCCCUGUUAGCUACAUCACUUCCCGAUGGCAUCAUGGUGAAAACCUUUGAAGAUCGCAUGGACCUCUUCUCUGCACUGAUCAAGGGCCCAACACGGACCCCCUAUGAGGAUGGCCUUUUCUUAUUUGACAUCCAGUUGCCGAACAUUUACCCUGCUGUGCCUCCCCUUUUCCGCUACCUGUCUCAGUGCAGUGGGCGGCUCAACCCUAACCUGUAUGACAAUGGCAAAGUCUGUGUCAGCUUGUUGGGCACUUGGAUUGGCAAGGGGACUGAGAGGUGGACAAGUAAAUCUAGUCUGCUGCAAGUGCUGAUCUCGAUUCAAGGGCUGAUUCUGGUAAAUGAGCCUUAUUACAAUGAGGCAGGCUUUGACAGUGAUCGGGGGUUGCAAGAGGGCUAUGAGAACAGCCGCUGCUAUAAUGAGAUGGCCCUCAUCAAGGUUGUUCAGUCCAUGACACAAUUGCUUCUCCGGCCUGUUGAGGUCUUCCAGCAGGAGAUAAGAGAGCAUUUCUCCACCAAUGGCUGGAGGCUUGUACAUCGUAUAGAGUACUGGCUUGAGCUCAAUGACAUGGUGGACAGAAGGGAAAUGAGAACCCCUGAGCGGCCACUGUCUGCCGAGCCUGGAGAUGAGCUGGUGGCCUCCGCCGCUACUAGCUUGGACAACAGAGAGGAGGUGUUGGAAGACUCCGGUCUAGGUACGUCCACAAUUUCGGCACUGGAAGCUGGUCAGCACUCCGAUUCUGAAGCUACUGGUGUCCUAAAGGCUGUCACCGUGGUGGCUGAUGAUCAGAAGGUGCCUGUAGACUCUGUGGGCAGCCAAAUUAGUGUCAAGCCAAAGAAGCGAAGGAAGAGCUACCGGAGCUUCCUACCAGAGAAGAGUGGCUAUCCAGAUAUUGGCUUUCCACUCUUCCCCCUCUCCAAAGGAUUUAUCAAAAGCAUCCGGGGUGUUAUCCAGCACUACCGGGCAGCACUGACUACUGCUGGCUUCCCCGAGCGGGCCGAGGAGAAGUAGUGGCUACUUUACAUGUCAGUGCUCUGCAGAGGCCCUGAGCAAGAGGGGCCCCUGAAGAACACUGGAAGUGCCAUGACUGAUACAGCGCCCUGGGGCUGUCUGACCUCAACUGCUAGCCGCUACACUGACCGGACUGUGUCAGUUAAAAUGAAAAUAGGUUUGCACAAAGACUGACCCAAUCGCCAAGUCUGGAACUGAAAUAAAUAAAAAAAAAAAAAAAAUGUGAUAAGGCCUACCUGACUGGAAUUUCCUCUCCGGAACCCUGCCCAUGUUAACCUUGCUGCUGUCCAGCUGCACACCUCAAGUUGCAGCUGACCUUGGUCUUGUGCAAAGCAGCUGGAGUGAUGGGCUACUGGGAUGGGGAGAUGGGGCUUCCAUCUGCUGUUAUACAUUGCACGUUUACUGGGAACUGUUGAGACCUGCAAGGGUGAGGCAGCAGGGGCUGUGCCAGCUAGUCUCCCUUGGAGAUUUUGGACUUCAGAAUGUACAAAUUGGCCAUCAGUGUGACCUUUGACACGGGUGGUUGCAGCUGUGCUGACGUGCUACCUGUUUUUCAAGCACAGCUCUAUGUCUCGUGACCAGACAGACCUCAAGAUGCCUACUUGGUGAUCGCUUGGGAACUGCCUCAUGCCCAUGUGGCCGCUGUGAGCAGGAGCUUGCGUAGUGGCUGGAUGCCACUUCAUUGGUCACCUGUUGGGUCCUGGACUGUGGCAUUUUUCUUGUUUCUAAUUAAUAGUGUUAAAGGACCGGUCAAGCAUGCACCAUUUAUCUGCCUUAGUGCUGGCCGUGCCAUCCUUCGCCUUGUCCACUUUGUACAGUCAUGAAAUGGCGUGAAUGCUGAACGCUAGGUGUGCAGUGUGUGUGUUUUUUUUCCCCCCCUUUUGCUGCUAGAUUUGGUUGCAACUUGUAAAAAUUAAAUAAAACGUGGCCUGCAAGCUGGCUUCCUUA